AUGGGGGCAGCUCUCCUCCUCCCCCUGCCGCCCGCCUGUGUGUCCCUCUCCGCCCUCUCCGCCCCCCAACCCCUGCUGCUGCCAUUCUGCGGGGGGCUGCUGGUGCCGGCUGGGGCGCGGGGGGAGGUGGCGGAAGGGGGGAACGGACUCUCACUGGUGCAUUUUGAGGCCCCCCUGAGCGCGCUGCUCAUCCUGCUCUUGCGCCUCGUGCACCGCGCACAGCAGGACCAGGACGCGUCCUCUGCUGCUGCCACGUGGCAGUCUGCCAUUGGCGGGGCUAACAUCAGCGCCAGUGCCGCAGGGCUAGAGGGAGAGGAGGAAGCAGCAGAGGAGCUGUCAGUGGGGCUGUCCCUGCUCUCUAACCUGCUGGCGUCCAAUCAGGCGUGUGUGAGGGCGCUCCUGCAUCUCCACUCCUCGCCCCUCGUUGCAGCUGCAUUGGCCAAUGGGCUGCUGCCACGUGGCAUGACCCAUCCUGAGCGGGUUGCUGCUGCGCUCUCCUCCUCCACCUUCUCCCCGUCAGCCCUUUCCUCCGACCUUCAACUCCAAUCAGGGCCUGCCACGAGUCCGCUGCACCUGCUGUGCUUCCAGAUCGAGCAACCACUGGGAAGCUUCCCCUUCACCCUCGCAGCUCUAGAGCUGGCAGCAGCGCUGGUGCAGCAGGGAGUGACAGGAGGCCCUGUGCCGGACCUGCUGGGGUUUGCAGUGAUGGAUGUGAUGCCCAACUAUGGGGCAUGGCGCAUGGAGGAUGGCAGGGAGCGAUGGCACAUGGCUGGCAAGGUGAGAUGCUGA